AUGUCGGCUCUCGAUCUUUGUUUGAGAUCUGAAUGGCCUCCUACUGGAUGUUGGUCAGUCAAGAUCAACCGCGGGCAGACUUCAGGCAACUCGGCCCGCAUCGCCAUCAACAUGGCAACUUUCUGCCUGCUGUUCCUUGGCUGGGCCAGGGCCACCAACGUGGCUGACCCGUGGGUGGCUUUCCACAACCUAGGAGACGAUCUGCGGAAGCAUUGGACCAAAUGGGCGGAUCUGCACAUGUUCCUGAAGGACUGGGAGAGGGUCAAGCUUAUUCAUCCUGCCAAGGGCAUGUGCUCGCUUGCAAGAUCUGAAUACCUGAGGUACCUCUUUACUGCACAUGGGCGGAGUGGCUACCCCGUUAGAGCAGUGGGCGCCACUCUGAAGAGCAGCCCGUGGUCGGGACGCAAGCUAGGCAAACUUUGCCUCUGGGGAAUCGUUACUGCGCAAAAAUUGGCGGAGAUUCGGGUAGGUACAGAGAGGAAGGUGCUGGGUUUCUAUGAAAGGCGCCUGGUGUAA